CAAUUAAAGCAAUAUACUAUUCUCGAAUCCGAUACGGCGUCGUCGCAUCAAGAAUGAGCAAAUAAACUAAAGCAAAAAAGUAGAGAGAGAGAGAGAGUGCUUAGUUGUGGAGUCCACAAACUUUCACAUGAAGUGAGAAAAAAAAAAAGAUAGCCAACUGAAGUUGAGCGAAUCCCCAGCUCAAAAUUCACUCAAUUCUGCAAGAGAGAUUUUAAACAGCUACAGAGAAGAAAUAGGCUUCGGAUUUGAUCCGUCUAUGGCAACUCCGGCUUCGCGGUCGGAGAAACUGGCGGUGACGCCGCGGAGCUCCGUAACAUUUGGAGUGACCCCAAAUUCUGGUUCAUCUAGGGUUUUGAAAACUCCCUUAAGCGAUGAAUCCCUAUGGAAACGACUCAAAGAAGCAGGUUUUGAUGAAGAUUCGAUUAAACGGAGAGAUAAGGCGGCACUCAUUGCUUAUAUUGCCAAACUAGAAGCCGAGAUAUAUGAGCACCAGCAUCACAUGGGCCUAGUCAUUAUGGAAAGAAAUGAAUGGCUGUCAAAGUAUGAUGAAGCUAAAUCUAUUGCUGAUUCUGCUGAGCUGAAUAUUAAGCGUGAACGGGCUUCUCAUGUCUCCAAUAUGGCUGAUGCUAGAAAACGAGAAGAUAGUCUCAAGAAAUCUCUUGGCAUUGAGAAAGAAUGCGUUAAGAAUAUUGAGAAGACCUUGCACGAAAUGCGUGCUGAGUAUGCAGAAGUGAAGGUGGCAUCUGAUAGUAAAUUUGCAGAAGCAAGAAGUAUGGUGGAAGACGCCCUGAAGAAGUUAACAGAGGCUGAGGAGAAAAAGCGCGCAGCAGAGUCACUUGAAGCAGAAGCGACAAGGUAUCAUCGAACGGCUGAAAGAAAGCUGCAUGAAGUUGAAGAACGUGAAGAUGACUUAAGGAGACGCAUCAUGUCGUCAAAGUCUGAUUUUGAAGCUAAGGAGAAAGAAAUUCAGCUCGAGAGGCAAUCCCUAUCUGAAAGGCAAAAAGUUAUGCAGCAAACGCAAGAAAGGUUACUGGAUGCACAAGCUUUGUUGAACCAGAGAGAAGAGUAUGUUUUAAAUAAAACACAAGAGUUGAAGAGAUUUGAGAGGGAGCUUGAUGAUUUAAAGUUAAGCAUUUCCCAAGAGCGUAUGUCCUUAAGUGAAGAAAAAAUCUCUCUAGAGCUAAAAGCAAGUUCCUUAUCAGCAAGAGAGGAGGCUGUUAUCAAAAGAGAAUGUGAUCUUCUCAAGAAGGAGGAAGAGGCACUUCUGAUGCAAGCUAAACUGACGAGCAAAGAAUCUGAUAAUAAUCGACAAGUAAUUUCUAAUCACGAAGCAGACUUGGCAAUAAGGAAUUCUGCUUAUGAGGCUGAAGCAGAAAUGAAGCGCAAAUUGUUGGAAGAGGAGAUUAAUACCAAGAGGCGGGCAUGGGAAUUGAGAGAACUUGACAUCACACAACGAGAGGACUUCAUCUCAGAAAAAGAAAGGGAAUUGGAUGUUGCAUCAAGGCAUCUUAAAGAAAAAGAGAAAGAAGUGGAAGAGAGAUUAAGUUUAGUUGAAGAGAAACAAAAGAAUCUUUGCACUCUGGAAGAAGAGUUGGAAGUGAAGGGACGUUCUCUCAAACAAGAGAAGGAAGAGAUCCACCAGAUGAAGCUUGAUCUUAAAAAGUCUUCUGAUUUGCUGGAGGAGAAGAAGAAACACAUCAGUGAUGCAGAGGAGAAUAUGGAUGCAAUGAGGACUGAAAGAAAUGAAUUACUUGAGCUAGAAUUGAGACUAAAAGAAGAGAUUGAUAAUAUUAGUGCGCAGAAACAGGAACAUGAGGCUGAGGCAGACCGCUUGAAAGCAGAGAAGGCAAAAUUUGAAGCUGAGUGGGAGCUAAUUGAUGAAAAAAGAGAACAGCUUGUAAAAGAAGCAGAGCGUAUUGCUGAGGAGAGAUCAAGUGUCUCUAAAUAUCUUAAUGAUGAGCGUGAAAGCUUGAAAGCAGAGAAGGAUGAAAUGAGAGACCAAUAUAAACGUGAUCUUGAGUCGCUCUCCCAGGACCGGGAGUCAUUCAUGAAAGACCUUGAGAAUGAACGUACUGAGUGGUUUAGUAAGAUGCAGAAAGAACGCGAAGAUUUCUUGCGGGAUAUUGAGAUGCAGAAGAAGGAGUUGAAUAAUUGUAUUGAGAAGAGACGUGAAGAAAUUGAGAAUAUUCUUGCAGAAAGAGAGAAAGAAUUCGAGGAAGAAAAAACGAAAGAACUUCAGCAUAUUAAUUUGCUUAAAGAAAGAGUUGGGAAGGAACUGGAACAUGUAAACUCAGAAAUGAAGAGACUUGAUGAUGAAAGAAGAGAGAUAAAUAGAGAUCGUGAAAAGAGGGACCAAGAAUGGGCUGAGCUGAAUAGUUCAAUAGAGGAGCUGAAGGUACAGAGGGAGAAGUUGGAGAAACAAAGGGAGUUACUAAGAGCUGAUAGAGAGGGAAUUAUUUCUCAGAUCGAGACAUUGAAAGGGCUGGAGGAUUUAAAAGAACGAUUAGACACUAUUGCAGUACACGAAAUGCAAUCUAACUUGCUAUCAAAGAAUCAGAAAACUGCCAGUAAAAGAUUUGUGAGUCAACCGACAGAAAAUGUUUUGGAUCAAAAUGGGAUGGUUAACAAUGGGUUUGGACAUAAUACAUCUGGUAGAAAAGAGCCCAAUAAGUCUUCUUCUCCCCUCUCUGCUCCUCUCUCAUGGCUCAAACGAUGUGCUGAUACAAUUCUUGAGCCGAGACAUAGUAACAAAAAGAGAAAGAAAGAAAAUGAUACAACAGAUCAUGGAUCAGAAGAUAUGACGCCAUGUUCGCCACAGAAGUAUUCGAACUCAUCCAAGGUUGAUCAUGCUGUCGAACCAUUUGAUCAAACUCCAGUUGCCACAGAGACCACAGUCUAUAUAGAUAAAAUUGUAACAAUUGAAGAAGUAACAAAAUUUAACGUUGAAAGGAUCACAGGGAACAAUGAGGAUGCUGGAACUGAUGACAAAGUUGAGGAAAAUGGUGCUGUGUUGGAAUAAGACAAUCGUAUUUGGAGCUUCUUCUGCUUGAACUUAUCUGACUUAGUUGGCGUGGAAUAGUAUUUGAUAGAAUGUAUAUGCCUCUCCUCCCUCUUUUCAUUUACUUGAUUUUAGUAUUCUUCUAACAAAAAUUUAUUUGAUCAAAAAUUUCAGUUAACGCAUAGUGUUGGUUUUUGGUGAUUGAUGUAUGCAAGCUGCUAGUGCUUAGUUUCCGGAAGGCGACUCCCGUUUGGUCCGUGGUGUAAAAAUGAUCCAGCUAACACAUCUAGUUUAUUGUAAAAUGUGUGCCUCUUCUAGAGUCGAGUGUUUUCAUUGUUGGUGUUCUUCAUGUAUAGCACUUAUUUGCUGGAAGAUGUGCUUCCAUUUCUGUUUUUUGAACAUAUAUUCCUAGGCGUGUUGAAGAGAAGUUUUUUACCUCCAAA